AUCGUUUCUUUUUUCUGUUCUUCCCCCUAACCUAAACUUGAAUCCUUGAAAGAUGAAUGAGUCUUUUGUUCUUCUUCCCCUCUCAUCAGUAAGUUUGAAUUUUUUUUUGGGAUUAGUCGAAUUGCUUCAAAGAUUGUGGCUUUAGUUUGUUGGUUUUGUAAUUGCCUUCUCUUUUGUUCGUUUUCGGAUUCGGUAAUUGCAUUGAAUUGUCAUGUAUUCUCUGAUACUCCAUGGAAGAAGGUCAGUGGAGUUGCAUAAAUGGCGUAACUUGAGUGUUUCAUUGCAAAAUGCAUCUUCUUUUUUCAAUUCCUUCUCCUCUGUUGCUACUGUGAGUCCUAGAGUUGUUGGGAAAGGAAAGAACUUUACAGUCUCUUACCUCGUUGAGUCAUUGGGUUUCACUACAAAACUUGCUGAAUCGAUUUCAAAGAGAGUCAGCUUCGAGGACAAGUCAAAUCCUGAUUCUGUUCUGAAUCUUUUGAGAAGGCAUGGGUUCACAGAUUCUCAGAUCUCCAGCAUCAUUACUGAUUAUCCAAAACUGCUUAUAGCUGAUGCUGAGAGAUCACUUGGUCCCAAGCUUCAUUUUCUUCAUUCCAAAGGAGCUUCAAGCUCUGAGCUCACUCAGAUUGUUUCCACAGUUCCGAAACUCUUGGGAAAGAAAGGGCACAAAACUAUUAGCGUAUACUAUGAUUUCGUCAAGGAAACUUUACUUGAUAAGAGUUGUUCUUCCAGUUAUAAAAAGGUAUGUCAUUCAUUUCCACAGGGUAAUCUAGAGAACAAGAUCAGAAACGUUUCGGUUCUGAGAGAGUUAGGUAUGCCUAAGAGGUUUUUAUUCUCCUUGCUCAUCUCUGAUCGUCAACCUGUAUGUGGAAAAGAAAAAUUUGAAGAAACACUCAAGAAGGUUGUUGAGAUGGGUUUUGAUCCAACCACUGGAAAGUUUGUUGAAGCUCUUAACGUUAUUUAUGGAUUGAGUGAGAAAUCAAUCGAAGCAAAAGUCAAUCUCUAUAAAAGGUUAGGUUUUGAUGUGGGAGAUGUAUGGAAAAGUUUCAAGAAGUGUCCUGUCUCUCUUAGAGUAACGGAGAAGAAGAUGUUGGACUCCAUUGAAACAUUUCUUGGCUUAGGUUUCAGUAAAGAUGAGUUUGCGAUGAUGGUCAAGCAAUUUCCUCCGUGCAUUGGGUUAUCUGCAGAGAUGGUGAAGAAGAAGGCUGACUUUUUGAUGAUGAAGAUGAAUUGGCCAAUACAGGUUGUGGUCUCAAACCCUACGGUGCUUGGAUAUAGCCUGGAGAAGAGGACUGUUCCAAGGUGUAACGUAAUCAAAGUUCUCAUGUCUAGAGGACUUAUUGGAAGUAAACUACCUCCAAUGUCGUCUGUCUUGGCGUAUACCAAUCAGGAAUUCUUAAGAAGGUAUGUGAAGAAGCACGAGGACAAGCAGCUGGUGGCUCAGUUGAUGGCUAUCUAUCUUGCUUCAUAGAUCAUAAGGCUUGUCAAAGGAUAUUGGAUUUAUCUGAAAGACCUCCACUGAAUCCUUUCCCUCUAUAUGCUUACAAUUGUCAUUUUGAAUCUCUUUAGGUUUGUAGCUUAGAAACAGAAACUCAGCCAAAUAGCUGAAGGGGACAUAUGAAUCCAAAUUACAAAUUUGUUGAUCCCAUUUUAUUUUUCUUGUGCCCGUUUUAGUCUGGACCAUUGAAAGUUGAAACCAUUAGCAGUGUAGAGUCAAUUUCCAAGUAGAGUGUUCUUUAUUUAUAUGUUAAGGACAGAUAAGAAGAUUCUUGUAAGUUGAAGUUUGAUUGGUAACUUAAAAAGCCAA